CGUGCGCGCGACUAUUAGCCGUGGUUGUUGUUAUGAUGUCGGUCGCAUGCGCUGUGUCUCGUAAAGCGCUGCUGUUGCGGCCCAGGAGCGAGAGGGAUUUACCGGUCAAGGCAAUGCACAGGGGGCGGCAGCGGCAGCAGCGGCAGCAGCGGCAGCAGCAGCAGCAGCAGCAGCAGCAGCAGCAGCAGCAGCAGCAGCAGCAGCGGCGGCGGCGGCGGUUGGGAGAGUGUGGGGGCGGUGAACAAGAGGCGGAGGCGACGGCGCUUCCGAGCGACGAAUGGUGGCGGCAGCCGCAGGAAUCGAAGGUGUUGGCGGCGGCCACGAUAGCCAGGGCAGAGGAGGAGCGGUUGGAGCGGGAGCAUUUCCGGAGGAUCAUCAACGCGUUCCGAUACUACAGAACUAAUAUGUAUGAACGGGUGAACAGAACAGAGAGACAGUUUAGAUCUCUCCCAGAUAACCAACAGAGUCUUCUUCCUCAAUUCCUUCCUCACCUUGAUAAGAUUCGGAAGUGUGUUGAUCAUAAUCAAGAGAUACUACAGACCAUUGUCAAUGACUGCAUUCAUAUGUUUGAAAACAAAGAAUAUGGAGAUGGAAGAGGGAAGAUUACACCAGCUUCUACAUUUGACAUGGAUAAAUUAAAAUCAACUUUGAAACAAUUUGUGAGAGACUGGAGUGAAGAGGGGAAGCCUGAGAGAGAUUCCUGCUACCAGCCAAUCAUUAGUGAAAUUGUAAAGAACUUUCCAAAAGAAAGAUGGGAUUGCUCCAAAGUUAAUAUCCUGGUACCUGGUGCUGGGCUAGGUAGAUUGGCAUGGGAAAUAGCUAUGCUCGGUUAUGCUUGCCAAGGAAAUGAAUGGAGCCUCUUUAUGCUCUUUUCUUCUAACUUUGUACUCAACAGAUGCUCUGAAAUUAACUCAUGUAAGCUUUAUCCCUGGAUUCAUCAAUUUAGCAAUAACAGAAGAUCUGCUGAUCAGAUACGACCCAUUUAUUUCCCUGAUGUUGACCCUCACAGUCUUCCUUAUGGUUCAAACUUCUCUAUGACAGCAGGGGAUUUUCAAGAAAUUUACUCUGAGUGUAAUACAUGGGACUGCAUAGCAACUUGUUUCUUUAUAGAUACAGCACAUAAUGUCAUUGAUUAUAUCGAUAAAAUAUGGAAAAUAUUAAAGCCUGGAGGCAUAUGGAUAAAUAUAGGUCCUCUCCUUUACCACUUUGAAAACUUGGCAAAUGAACUUUCUAUAGAGUUAAGCUAUGAGGAUAUAAAAAAUGUUAUACUGCAGUAUGGAUUCCAUAUAGAGGUAGAGAAAGAAUCUGUAUCGUCAACAUACACUGUGAAUGAACUCUCCAUGAUGAAAUACUACUAUGAAUGUGUGUUGUUUGUGGUGAGAAAACCAGAAUAGAAGAGAAUUUGGAUAGGUUAAUCAGAAAAAUGCUAGCUCGAAUGCUAAAACUGAGAACAAAACAGACUGGGUGAUGUCUGGACAAAUCAGUGGUGCCUUCUUACACCUAAAAUGAUUUAGAUAGCAUCUAUUUUCUUAAUAUCAUCCAAACAUGUAGUGUGCCGUGCGUAUUUGUAAUGUAUUAUUGAAAAUGGAGGGGGAAACGUACACAUACACGAUAUGCUUUGGAAUGCAUUUAUUAAAAAAAAAGGUAACAUUUUCAUGUGUAUAAAAUUUAAUGUUUCCCCUAACCAGGCUAGUUCUCCAUAAAUGCUGCCUCAUUUUUUUUCAGAAAUUUAUAAUAUUUUUUUCUAUAGUGUUAUUUAGCAUACUAGCUGUAUCACAGUUCAGAGAAGUAUUUCUAAAUGUACACUUAAAUUAUGAAGUCUGAAAUGGGUUGAAAAGUUAUUCUUGAAAAAUUAUUCUUGACAUAUAAUAACUAUCAGAACUGUUACAGCAUUUUCUGUGGAACUGGAAAUAGUGUAAAUAGGAACAAAGUAGACUAUUGUAUGAAUUCUAAUCUGAAUCUGUCUGUACUGCUGUUAACCAUUUACUCAAAACACAAUCUGUAGACAAUUUGAAAUACUAUGUGAAAGCAUAGUAUCGAAUGAAGAAAAGCAGCAUGUCACAGAGGAGCAGUAAAUUAACCUCAGUUCAGGAAAAACACUAAUUCUGAUGAAUCUUAGUGUCAAAACUGAAAUGUUGGAUGCUUUGCAGACUUAAAAUAUAUUGAUCUUUUGAGUCACCUACCUAUUAUUUAAUGCCAAAACUGUCUGAAGCAAUAUCUUUGAGAGCUUUCUGUUUAAUUAUCUUUUACUUUGAGUUCUUUUCUUUUUUUAAAAAUUAGUAGCAUAGCUGAGUUAUCCAUGCCAUGAAGAGGUGGUGGGACAUAGGAAAUGCCUUUUUUUGUUGUGUGUCGUCCCCCAUCCCCCAUCGCCCCCCACAAAAAAAAAGAAGGCAUGUAAAUAAUAUGUGCUGUAACCAAAGCAUCUCCUUAUCAAAGUCAGCAUAUGCAGGCCAAUUGGUAGAUAAUUUGUUUGUGACUUGAAGGCAGUUUACUCAUGCUACAUUAAGAUCUACCUCUUGCUUCCUUAUCCUAAUGUUUUCCUGGCAAAUGAGGCUUAGGUGGAUAUUCAAUCUACAAAUCCUGGUGUUACACAAGAGAGACCAAUUUAAAGCUGAAACACUACCAUUACAACAAAUUUUUUAAAAAGCCAACAAAACCAAACAAAAAAAACCCCUUGCAUACCACAAAAAAAGAAUUUUUUCCUUUAAUUUCCUUAUUAUACUAUUUACUCUUUUUUUUUUUUUUUUCCUCCUGUGAACUUGGAUACUUUGCCUUUAUUAUGGUGGGUUUGGUUUUAGGUUUUAUUUUUUGGUUAGUUUUUUUUUCCCCUUAGAUAAAAUGUGAUUAGUGUUUAAUUUCAUUUUUCAAGCUCCUUGAGGGCAAGGUGAGGUUAGGUAAAAGUUGAUUAUGCAAUUGCUGAAUAGUUAUAUCUGUAAUACCACCCAACUUGUCUCUUGUAACCACUCUGUAGUUACUCUUAAAAUGUGAUGUUCUUGUUUUUACAAAUAGACAAUUGAACUCUGGCAUUCUGGUUGAAUCUCAAUAUCCUUUGUUCUCUUGGUUUUUUUCUUCACUAUCCCACACUGUCAAAAGUAUCUUUUUUUUUUUACAUUGCUUUUGGAAAAAUAUUUUUUUUAAUUGACUUAAAUCAGGUGUAUAGUGAUGCGCUUUUGUUUUAAAUUUGGAAAAUACCAAUCUGUUUCUGAUGCUUUCCUUUUGAAGUAUAACAGUUACAUUAAGAGUUGGAAGUAGAAUAAUCUUAUGAAUUACUUGAAUGAAUUAGUGUGUUAUCUGCAGUCCUAUUCAUGAGUUCUUAAAAAUCAUUAUUUGUAUUUUCAUGGACAGGGAUAACUGUGUAUUAUUCUGUGUGACUGCAUUAUUUUCUUCAAUUGUACACAUGGGGGGGGAACCUGCAUAACUUGUUUAGCAGCUGAAGCAAAGAUAAUUUAAGUCACUUAAACUGUAUGUGGUAUUGUAAUUGUGCAAAAUAUGCUUCAUAAUCUGCAGAAUAGUAGUACUUCUUUAUAUGGACUAAGUUUGAUAAAUGUAAAAUGUCCUGUAUUUUUAUUUACAUGUAGUACAUUAUAAAAUCAGUUAUGACAAUAAUGUCCACAAUAGGCUUGAUUUUUUUUUCUUGGAUAUUACAGUUUGCAGUAUGACUUAUCUUUGAUUUUUAUCAUUUACUCAGUGGUAAUUUUUUUUUUUUAAUUCUUGGUAUGUAAUCAACUACUGCAUUAAAAGUCCCAGGAAUGUUAGA